AUGGUAUCUACCUGGAUACUUGCCGCCUCGGCUAUCGCCCUGUCAGGGCUAGCUCUCGCUGACACCUGCUCCACCCUGAAGGAUAUUUCUAACAUUGACGUUGCUGAUCCUCUUGAGCUAUCAUAUAUCAAGGAGCAAAACGAGUAUUGGUCUACUUCAUGCUCUGCCCUGAAGCCUUCUUGUAUUCUUUUCCCCAAGGAUGCCAACGAGGUAUCUGCCAUCGUGAAGGUCCUCAAUAAUAACACGGAGCCGUUUGCUAUUAAGUCUGGCGGACAUAAUCCUAAUAAUGGCUGGUCGAGCGUCAAAGGUGGUCCCCUUAUCUCAACCCAGAAGCUUACGCAGGUCAUCGUGGAUCAAGAGACGGGUAUAGCUAGAGUUGGUCCUGGACAGAGGUUAGACAGCAUCUCCGCUGAACUUCAGGGAACCGGGUGGACCUUUGUCGGUGGUCGUAUCGGCAACACAGGCGUAGGCGGCCUUGUUCUCGGCGGUGGUCUGUCGUAUAUGUCGGCUCAGUAUGGCUGGAGUGCUUCCUCCGUACUUGAAUACGAGAUCGUUCUCGCCAACGGUACCAUCACAACCGCAUCUGCUACCAAUAACGCAGACCUGUUCAAGGCUCUCAAGGGCGGUGGUAACAACUUUGGUAUCGUGACUACAUACGUCCUCCAACUAUACCGUCAAGGUAACGUCUUCGGCGGUAACCUGGUAUUCCUUCAUAGCCCUGAAACAGACAAGAAGUUGUUGAAGGCCGUGCGGGACUUCACUGAGUAUAACCAGGACAACAAGGCUGCCGUCAUUGUCACAGCGGAGCGUGGCAACAUCGAUCUCAUCGACACCUGGAUCCUGUUCCUCUUCUACGAUGGCCCCGUAGUCCCCGAGGGAACCUUUAAGAACUUUACUGAUGCCGGGCCUCUCCUCGAUACCACCAAGGUGCAAACCUACGCCGAUCUGAUGGGCGGCAGCAACUGGGUUAUUGUCCCACUAUCCGUCGUGCAGAUUGGAACAGAGACAAUCCCCAUGCCGUCGGCUGAAAAUAACGUGAAAGUCAUGGAAGGCCUUCACGCCCAUUGGCGAAACAUCACCGACACGGUGCUUCUCGAGCCUGGUAUCAUCGCUUCUAUCGCGUACCAGCCCUUCCCUAAGGCCAUCGCACAGGCCGCAAAGGCAAGGAGCGUGGAUUUAAUUGAUGCGGAUGAUGAGGCGCACCGCCUGAUUAUCGAGAUGAACUAUAGCUUCUUACCGCAGAGUGACUAUGCGAAGAUGGAUCAGAAGCUACAGAAUACUUACGGCGGUGUACGCGAACGCAUACUCGGCUGGCAACAAGACGGGACCCUGCCCGACAUCUACCUCCCCGUGUUCAUGAACUACGGUUUCCAUCAGCAGGACUACUUCGCACGACUACGUCCAGAGAACCGAGCAUUCGCACACUCGGUAUCGGAGAGUGUAGAUCCUGAUGGUUUCUUCCGAAACCGAACAGGAGGCUGGAAGCCUUAG